AUGAGCUUGAUAUUGAACGAUAUUCACUUGCCAUUAUUGAUCAAGACCACACUAUCAGAGAAUAAUCAAUACAAGGCAUUACCUUGGAACAAUCUCGAUCAGCUGUCCAGUUUAUGGGCUGUGUUCACUAAAUACAAGCGCAAUAUUCAAGAUGGAUUUCGCUUAGAAAACUUGUCUUGGAGAUUAUGGUAUCGACAAUCUGUGCUACAAAAGAAAGUGCAACCAAAAACCUCGGAGGAUAUUGACUUUUCGACAGCAAGCGCAUCAACAGGCAAUAAACAUUUGACUCGAGCUCGCUCCCUGCCUGAUCUCUCACAGUGGUUGCAACAAAGACAGUUUUUGGAGGCAUCAGAUCAUGAUGUAAAUGUGAAACAAAAGUUUUUCAUCUCGGCAAAAGACGAAAUUCAUUUCAAUGAGGAUGAGGAUGAGGAUGAGGAUGAGGAUGAGGAUGAAGACGAGGACGAGGACGAGGACGAACUUGAGGAAGAGCCUGAGCAACUCAUGUUCACCAAAAAGAAGACCCGAUUCAAUAGUUUCUCGAGCACAGCAAGCUCUGCCUUAUCAAAACCUGUAUCAUUGCUUACCGAUAUGCUUCAACGCACCGAAUCCAACGUAUCUCUUGUGACGAAUUCCGGAUUACGCCGAUGCCAGUCCAAGUAUUGUCGAUUAGAUCAGUUCUUCUUGAAUGCAGCAUGA